UCUCUGCUUCACAGCUCAUCUUAUUACAAGCACUGGUGUGAUCGAGGGCUUGAGGAAAGCCUCGGGUGAAGUUAUCAGCUUAUCUUCAGAGAAGAAGCAUCAGGCUGGUCACUGGUGGGAUUAUUCAAGAGGAAUUCAUUCAGUCAACACGAGGAAUAUACAGGGAAUAUUUCACGUGAUGAAUAAAUGGUCAUUUUGAUUCUUCAACAGCAAAGAAACAGACGGGAGCGAUGGAGGAAGAGUUAAAAUGCCCCGUUUGCGGUUCUCUCUUCAAGGACCCCAUCCUGCUGCCGUGCUCCCACAAUGUCUGCCUGGCCUGUGCUCGGAACAUCACCGUCCAGACCCCGGAGGGAGAGACCCCGGUGCAGAGCCGAGCCUCGGGCAGCUCCGACUACGACUACCUGGACAUGGACAAGAUGAGUCUGUACAGCGAGACGGACAGCGGAUACGGCUCCUACACGCCGUGCCAGCUCAAGUCUCCAAACGGGGUGCGGGUGUUUCCGCCGGCCAACCACCCCCGACACUGCUCCCUCACCUGCCCGCUGUGCCACCGGAGCGUCUCCCUGGAUGAGCGGGGUCUCCGGGGUUUCCCUCGGAACCGGCUGCUAGAGUCCAUCGUGUCGCGGUACCAGCAGAACCGCCGCGCAUCCGCAUCUUCUUCUUCUACCGCGGUGAAGUGCCAACUGUGCGACCGCAACCCGGUGGACGCGGCGGUGAUGUGCGAGCAGUGCGACGUCUUCUACUGUAACGCCUGCCAGCAGCGGUGCCACCCGUCCCGCGGUCCGCUCGCCAAGCACCGCCUGGUGCCGCCGCCGCCGAACCACGCGGCAGGAGUAGGUGCGGCAAGCGGAGGAGGCAGCGGCGGUCAGCUGCCGCCCGCUACCGCGCGGAAACCGGCGACCUGCGUGGAUCAUGAAGCGGAAAACUUCAACAUGUACUGCUACAGCUGCAAAACUCCGGUGUGUAUGAAGUGUUUGGAGGAGGGGAAACACGCCAAACACGAUGUCAAACCGCUGGCUGUUAUGUGGAAACAACACAAGUGCCAGAUCUCCCAGGCCCUGAAUGCGGUUUCCGAAAAAGCUAAAGAUGCCAAGGAGUUCCUGGUUCAGCUCAAGAACAUGCUUCAGCAGAUACAGGAGAACGGCGUGGAGUUCGAAGCUUGCCUCGUGGCCCAGUGUGACUCUCUGAUCGAGGCGCUCACAAGACAGAAAGCCAAACUGCUCACCAAAGUCACCAAGGAGAAGGAGUACAAGCUAAAGGUGGUGCGUGACCAGAUCACACACUGCACCAUGAAGCUACGUCAGACCACCGGCAUGAUGGAGUACUGCCUGGAAGUCCUCAAAGAGAAUGAUCCCAGUGGAUUCCUCCAGAUCUCCGAUGCUCUGAUCAAGCGGGUGACAUCGUCUCAGGACCAGUGGGUGAAAGGCGCCCUGGAGCCAAAAGUAGGCCCUGAGUUUGACCUCACCCUCAACACCGACUCGCUGCUCCAGACCAUCCUGCAGCUGGACUUCUGCCAGGGCAAAGAUGUGCAGGAGAAUCCGUUAUUGAAACAAAUGCAGGCAGCAGCAAGCAGUGGUGAGGCUGAAAUGGAGACAGAGAGCCCAGGAGUGGAGUCUGGAACCUCGGUGCCGGCGGCUCCUCUCCUGCAGCUGGAGAAGUGCUGCACCAGGAACAACAGCGCCACCCUGGCCUGGAGGGUAGCCGCGCCCCCUGUCAGCCCCAUCGAGGGCUACAUCCUGGAGCUGGACGACGGCAACGGAGGACAGUACAGGGAGGUGUAUGUGGGGAAGGAGACGGUGUGUACGGUGGACGGCCUUCAUUUUAACAGCUCGUACAAUGCCAGGGUGAAAGCCUACAAUGCCAUCGGUGUGGGGCCGUACAGCAAGACCGUGGUGCUCAAGACCUCUGACGUGGCUUGGUUCACCUUUGACCCCACCACAGCUCAUCGGGACAUCGUUCUGACCAAUGAAAACCAGACCGUCUCCUGCAGCAGCUACGAUGACCGCGUGGUGCUGGGAACUGCUGCGUUCUCCAAGGGCAUCCACUACUGGGAGGUCCGAAUUGAUCGCUAUGACAACCACCCUGACCCUGCGUUUGGCGUGGCGAGGAUCAACACCAUAAAGGACAUGAUGUUGGGGAAAGAUGACAAGGCGUGGGCCAUGUAUGUGGACAACAACCGCUCCUGGUUCAUGCACAACAACUCCCACACCAACAGGGCGGAGGGAGGCAUCACUAAGGGCUCGACUGUGGGCAUCCUGCUGGAUCUAACCAAACACACAUUGACUUUCUACGUCAAUAAGCAGCAGCAUGGACCGACUGCCUUCGAGAACCUAGAGGGGGUCUUUGUACCCGCCGUCAGCCUCAACAGAAACGUGCAGGCGACCUUACUGACAGGCCUGGAGUUGCCAAAGAAUACCAAACAGUAGGAACACCUUCCUUGCUCCGAGCGUUCCCUGGAUAGCAACCAUCGAUGUCAUUAGCAGUCCGCGUGGACCUUUACCGGUCACCUUAGUCUGGAUUUAUCCGUCUCCCAUCCUCCCCAAGGUGCCCUUUGUUUCGAAUACACUUCAAUGUGAAACCCUGCUCUUAACAUUUGGGAUGAAGGAAUAAAAUCGGGCUUAUAAUUGUCUAUAAAUACACUGAUUGAAGCGUGUGGACGUCACAACAGAGAUGACUGAAGUUACUGUGGAUUGCCACACUUGUUUCAUAUCCCAGUUUUUCCCCCGUGAACUUCAGGAUACUAACGUCAUUUAUGUUAUCGUUCCAGCGUGUGCCACCCAGUGAUUUUAACAAAAAGGAAAAAUACAGCCUGAAAGUUACCUUGCGGCCUGAGACUAAACUAAUCGACCCUCUCACUCCGACAGAAUCAAUGAAGAUUCCCACACUGUGCAGUAAAAUGUUCACCAACAGUCAUACUUUUUCUCUAUUUGAGAUUUUCAGAGCUUUUAUUGACUACAUUUAAGAUCUACCGUCAGAAAACAACAUCUCAAUCGGUUUUUAAAGUCCACGACAACAAGGUGAUGUCGGGAGGCCAGGGGAAAAACGAUUCGGCAGUGCGUAUUGUUGCUUUGCUUCUCUCUUAGGUGUCCUUACAGCUCAUGAGGUAAGACUAAAUGAAGAAAGUGUUUUGUCAGAGUUGGAUAGGCACUGUGGGAUGUUUCACUCAUGAAUAUUUAAAAGCUACACUUUCUCCCCAGUUGUGGCUCCAACAGCCCUGCAUUCUCCAUUUUCCCUUCUUCUCUAUUGCAUGCAACGUGGUGUAGAGAUCAUUUGGUGCUUUUGACUAAGGUUUACACACUGAGGUCAGAUUCGGGCUUGAUUCCAUUUCAUUUUUUCAGUAAUGUGAUGGAUGUGCAAGGCAUGGGAGGGCUUUAUUUUGUAAUUAAGUGUGUAAAUUCAUUGAGGUGCAUUUCAUGGCGUGCAGUCAGUGGUGUGAUGAAAUAAUCAAACCCAAGACUCCAUGUCUUUAUGGCUGCACCAUUCAGAAAUGUACUUGUGCCUCAUGUUAUAAACAGUUCCUAACAUUCAGCCUAAGCUGUAAACUUUAGGAAUAUUUGGCUGCGCAGCAUAAGCUGGUAAUACCUGAACCACCGGCACUCCAGUGAAGUUAGAGGUUAAAAUAUGCCUGCAGUGUUUAAUACAAUGUGGGGGGGCUUGUGUAAAUGUGGUUGCCAACACUAUAAAAUAGUGUGCAAACAGUUUGCACCUUGUCCUGUUGAAUUAAGUCAAAGCGAGGAGGGAACACUGUUGAUUAAUUGCCUGCAGGAGCAUUUCCUGCCUUGAUGUUUUCCCUGCAGCCUCUCCCAGGUUCUGGAUUCACCCUGUCUCAUGAGGAAACGUUUUCACCUUGAGCGUUACAAAGUUUAAAAAAUGAAAUGGAACUGAGCCGAAGCCUUUUUUCUGUUUUUGUUUCAUAAGACCCAACAGCUACAAGAAUACAUCAAAAGUAGAUGAGAAAAGUGCAGUUGUCUCAUGGAAAUUUCAUUCUGUGCUCAUCACUCAGUCUCUCUGUAGAAUCUCUUUCAGGCACCCUCAAUGUGUCGUACUGAAAAUGAUCUUGAAAAGUCACAUCAGGUAAAGCUACGUCUGCUGUUAACAUUUCCCAUCAGGGAUUGGAUACGGCAGCCUGUAGAGCAGUAGCUUCAAAAUCCAACCAAACCACUGUGACUACGGAUACAAGAGGUUUUAAAUUACAUUACCCAUGUGUAUUUCACCACUAAUGCAGCAGAGGAUGGAGAAGAUUGCUUUUUAAAUGAAUGAAUUUCAUCUUUAUUACAAUAUCUGAAAUAUCUCUAUUCCCUAUAAUGUUGUGUGAGAAAGAAAGAAGUUGAGACACGCCUGCCAAUAUAAAGAUUGGGUUCAUGUGUGAACGGAAAUCCACAAACAAAUGUAAAUACUGAUAUGUGAGUUAAGAUUAUGACGUGUGAUAUUAAGCAUGGAUUAAGCGUCGAACAAGUUUACAAAAUAUCUGAACCUGGUAUUGUAAAUAGUGUACUGUAUUAGUGUCUUUGCAAUGGAGUGAUGUUAAAGCCAACCGCUACUACAGCUCGCCCUCUGCUGGUGGAUGGGGGCAACAACAGGAUUCAUGAACUAAUCCUGCUUCAUGUUAGCCGACUGUUUUCAUACCUCUAAUUGCUGACUUUGAAUAAUGUCAGCAAAAAUUUUGUCUGACGAGGUGUGAGAGUUACAUUUCUAACUAUAAGUCGAAUCAUAAACUAUCUCAUGAUAUUCAAACAUUUAAUCAGGGACAUAAAAUAUCAGUCAUUUACAUUUUUUAUGAGUUUUUAUGAAGGUAUACAAAUUAUUAUGAGUGCAGGCAGCAAUUACAUGUUACUUACCACACCUGUAUUCUUUUAAAUUCUCAGUUAAACACACACUUUAAAUAUGCCAGGUGACUGGACAGAAACACUAUGAAUUAAAGGAGGUAUUUCUUACUGGAAUUAGUGAGGUCUACUUUCAAUACAACAGCAGGGACAUUAUACAAUGUGUUAGCCUGUACCUUUUUUUUUUUUAAAGAAUAUAUUUAAUUGUAGAGCAUCAGAGUAGUAUAAUAAGAUAUCUUUCAAUUUUAGUAUGUUUUACUUAAUGCAUUUAUUUAUUAAAUCAAAGCUGUUACCUAUAAUGUUACAUUUACAAAAUGUACAUCCCAGAACAGCAAACUGCAGGUAUAUUAUUCUCCUAUUUAAGUCUGCAAAAAGGCUUUUUGCACCCACAGCUGCAUUCAAAUCUUAUGUGGUAAAGAUUGUUUUACAUUUAUAUUUUAUUAACCAUGGAUCUAAUGACUAAGUGUAAUGUGAAUCACUCGUAUCAUGUAGCCAGAAAAUAAUCACCAAACCCUGCAGUUUGGAGCGUUUUAGCCUCUUUCAGCUCAUUGUUUUGGUUUUCUGGCUUUACGGUUUCCGAUUAACUCUGAUGGUCUCAUAUCAUUGUUUUCAGAGGCAGCAGGCCAACAUUCCCACUGUACGCUUCCUGUUGAGCAAUAAACCGACAGACAGACACAUUUAGCGACUAGCUAGUGAAUAUAGUGGAGCAUUUAGCAGCUAAAGAGACAUAUUUAUGAGUAGUUGGUGGGGACCAAAAGCAGAGCUAAAAGGGAGAGCAAAUAUUAGAUUUGUCUUUUGGCCAAAAAUACAACUCACAUUUUAAGCUAAUGUUGCUCCUUGUCGGUUGGAUGUGUAAAAAUAAGCAACUGUUUGCUAACAAGUUUACCAUAUUUACUUAUAAGGUGAUGUCAAUGUUGCCACAGCUGUUUUGGUUGCUACCAAAGUGCCAAAAAAAAAGCAGUUAUUGCAGGUUUAAUUAAGCAUUUCAGUGCUUCUAAUUAUUCGGGCCAUAAAAUCAAAUAGAAAGCAUUUUUUUGAAUUUAAUUUGGCAUUCUGUAUAUGGUCUACCAAUUGAAACUAGCGCCUAGGUUUACGAUACUUCCUACUUGACAAGAAUGCAGCAUUAGUUUCAAAGUCAGGAUGUGAACUAGUUUCCCCCCCGACCCAGAAAGCGAAUAUCUAACAAUCUGCCAAAGGGGAAUUUCUCCUGACGUCCAGACUUCCAGCUUUCCACUUAAAGUUUACAUUUGCAUCAUGUGAGGCUUUUUGGCUGCUCUGCUCAGCCUUACCCUCUGAUCGUCCUACCACACCAGAGAACAAAAUCUGCCCCCGAAGUUGACUGUGCCAUUACUAGGAAUAGAUUUUAAGGCCACGAGCAACAUCUAUCAUAUAACCAGAGGGGCUUUGUCUGAAAGUCUGGAUGAUUUGGGGUUACAUGUCUGCGGUUUGUGUGGAUGUCAAAAUGGUGCAGAGGAAAUCAUGACUGGAGGGGAUAAAAGCUAAAAGGUGUUAGGUGGAAGUUCAGACAGUCAGACAGAGGUUCAGACAGCAUAUCGGGUAAAAUGAGGUUAUCCUUUUUUUUUUUUUAAAUUAAUAUCAAAACAAUACUUUAUAUGGCAGAAAUCACAUUUAAAAUGAGUCACAUUGUAGUCACUCCUGUCUAGAUAUGGUAUUGUAAGAAUGCUUGUAUGGCAUGUCCCUUUACCCCCACCCUUACCCACCCAUGAAUGUGAGAUUUAAUUUAACUUCAAGAUAUGGUGCUGGGGAGGAAAGCAUGUCACUGCUGUUACCUAUUUAACUUAAAAGAAUGGCAGAUUUAUGUACUCUAUAAAGUAUGUAAAUAUAUUUAAUUACAUAUUUAUUUUCUUUUGUAUAUUGCCCUCUUCAAGUUGUUAAGUAUAAGAGUGAAUGGCUACUUACACACACAAAUUGAUGUAUUUCCAAGGGUUGCUGGGUACAACACACACACACACGUCAGAUUUGCUUACAGCUUGAAACAAUGUGCUGCAGAUAAGCUUCAUAUUUCCUCAUGCUCUUACUUUUUUUGAAAUGUAUAAAUAACACAAAAGCUGCUUCAAGAAAACGGUGUGAGAAGUUGUGACCUCACCCAGCCGCACACUGCCAGAUCACACCUCUUGUUUCGCCAUCAUCAUUGCUCAGAAGCCAUCUUUUUUUAGGUUUUCCCUUUAACAAAAUUAAAAACUGUUUCUCUGUAAAAUAUCUGUAAUGUUU